CAACCGCUUACUCCAAUUUAAAAUCAAAAUAGCCUAUUUUCGUUGUGGUGUUUUGGUUUGCGAGUGCUUGGUAUUCGCUGCUAUUGCUGUAUUGUGUUUUUCUGAAGUCUAGUCAAUGUUAUAGAUUAUUGGAGAAAGAGAUAUGUCAUCUUCCAAGAGGAAUUCUAAGCACGGAAAUCGACCAGACCAUAGAUCGGAGAGAAUUCCAACUCCUAAGCACGGAAAUCGGACAGACAAUAGAUCGGAGAGAGCUCCAACUUCUAAGCACGGAAACAGACCAGACCAUAGAUUGGAGAGAAUUCCAAAAAGAGACAAAGAUGGCACUGAAGAAAUUCUUCAAGUUUUAUCUCAUCAAGUCGAAUAUGUUGACCACCUAGAGAAGGAAAACAAGUUUGUUAAAGAUGAAUUACUAAGAUUUGAAAGAAGGUUGUCGGAAGUUGUCAAAGAAAACCAAGCAUUACACGAUAAUAUGAGAUCCAAUAUCAUUCAUCAAACCAUUGCUAAAGCAAGUAUGGUGGCAAAUGAGAAUGAAAAGGAAUUUGUUGAUGAACAACAAAAAUAUUGGAAUGAAAAAUAUUCAUCAUUGAACACAUCUGCAGUAAAUGAUGAUAACAAUGAAGAGUUCAGAGGUCAAGCAUUAAAACAAUGGAAACAGGAAAUGGAAAACAUCAAAGCAAUCUACGAAGCCAAAAUUGAAGGUUUGGAGGCGGAAAUCCACACAACAAAAAAAGAUUUGGAGAAUGCACUUAAUGAUAAUAAGGAUUUAAAAGAAAGAUUAAAAGCAAUGGAUGCAUUAUUACGAACACCAAGUACAGUAGAACAGAGUGUUCAAUUGAAGAAAGAACCUCUCGCAUUAAAUGCAAAUAUUCCUUUGAUCGAGAGAUUAACAAAGGAAAGAGAUGAUUUGAUGAAAUCAGUUGCAUCCAUGAGAAAUUCUGUGAUGGAAGCACCGAAAAUUGAAUCUUCGUUACGUCAAGAAGUUCAAAGGAGUUUAGCGAUGGUUGAAGAUAUGCAACUUGAGAAAUCUCAAACCAGGCUUGAAAAUGACAGAUUAAAAAAAGAUUAUGAUUUGAUCAAACAAAGACUUGAAUCGGAGAUAUCAUCAACACAGAAAAGAAUUGCAGAAGCUUCAUUUCAUCAACGACGUGCUUGCCAAGAUGAAAUGAAUGAACUUUUGAAGAAGGUUGGGGAAAUGACUGCAAUUUUAUCUACUUAUGAAAAUACGAUUGAAACAAUGAGUAGAGAAAGAGUAACAUUGACAACACAACUUGACGAAGCAAGGAGACAAUUACUCAGUGCUAACGAGGAUCUUGGUAAAAUGAGAUCAGAAAUUGAGCAUGAAGUUAGAUCUGCUGUUAAAGGUUAUAAAGGAGCAGAAGAUGAAUUAAGAAAUACUAAAACUAAACUACAACAAGAACUCACAAGAACACAGCAGGAAAGAGUUCGUUUUGAGCAAGAAGCUACUGAUCAACGACGACGUCUCUCGGCUUCUCAAUCUGAAGCUCUUGCAAGCAAUGAACUAAAUGUAACUCUCACUCAGCAACUUAAUGAUGCUUUACAUAGGUUGCAAGAUGUUAGACAAGAAAGAGAGAAAAUAGAAAAAGAAUUCCAAGAAGAAAUAGAUUUGUUAAAAAAUGAAUCUGAAGAUAAACAAAAUAAAUUGGAGGAAACGAUUCGGAGAUCUGGAGUGGAAUAUGAACAAAGGCUCUCAGAUUUAGAAGGUAUUAGUUCGAAACAAUCCAACCUGAUUCAAAAAUUAAAACAUGAAGGAAAAACAAUGGAAAAUGAGUUAAGGAGAGUUACAAAAAAAUAUCGGGAAGAAAAUGGAUCAUUAUCACAAGACAAAGCUAUUGCAACAGCAAGAUUGAAUAGACUCGUUGUGGCAAACAAGGACUUAGAAGAACAAGUAGUUCAACAUGGUAUAACUCAUCGUGAAAUGCAGGUUCGUUUGAGAGAACUAGAUGAGAGAAACAGAAGAUCAGCAGGAUACGCUACAACAGUUCUUGAAGAAAAUGAUAAACUUGUUCUUGAUAAAUCAAUGUUGCAAAAAGAAAUUGAGUUCUUACAGUCACAGGUCAUGAACCAAGAUUCCACCUGAUGUGAAUUGAAUACAUUUUAUACUAUUUUUAUUUUCUUACUAUAUUGCAGUAUCAAUAUAUAUUUUUUUAAAUAAA